GCCACCAGCCACCCUUGCGCCCUGCCCCGGGUCAUCAUGGCCUGCCUGAGUCCCUCACAGCUCCAGAAGUUUCAGGAGGAUGGAUUCCUGGUGCUGGAAGGGUUCUUAUCUGCAGACAAGUGUGAGGUCAUGCAGCAGAGGAUUGGUGAGAUCGUGGCCGAGAUGGAUGUCCCUCUCCACAGUCGCACGGAAUUUUCUACCCAGGAGGAGGAGCAGCUGCGAGCCCAGGGCAGCACAGACUAUUUCUUAAGCAGUGGUGACAAGAUUCGAUUCUUCUUUGAGAAAGGCGUCUUUGACAAACAAGGAAAUUUCCUGGUUCCACCGGAGAAAUCCAUCAACAAAAUUGGCCAUGCCCUGCAUGCCCAUGACCCAGUCUUCAGGCGUGCCACACACUCCCCCAAGGUGCAGGCUUUGGCCAGAAGUCUGGGCCUCCAGAUGCCUGUGGUGGUGCAGAGCAUGUAUAUCUUUAAGCAACCUCACUUUGGAGGUGAAGUCACCCCUCACCAGGACGCCUCCUUCCUGUACACGGAGCCCCUGGGCCGGGUGCUGGGCCUGUGGAUCGCUCUGGAAGACGCCAUGCUGGAGAAUGGCUGCCUCUGGUUUAUCCCUGGCUCCCACACAGGUGGAGUGUCAAGAAGGAUGGUCCGGGCCCCUGCUGGCUUGGCACCUGGCACCAGCUUCCUCGGGUCGGAGCCAACCCGGGAUAACAGCCUCUUUGUGCCCACACCAGUGCUGAGAGGGGCCCUCAUCCUGAUCCAUGGAGAAGUAGUGCACAAGAGCGAGCGGAAUUUCUCUGACCGCUCGCGCCACGCCUACACUUUCCACCUCAUGGAGGCCGCUGGCACUGUCUGGAGCCCAGAUAACUGGCUCCAGCCGACCCCUGAGCUGCCCUUUCCCCCACUGUACACCUAAAGGCCCUCUCAGGGCCGGGACACGUCCGCUCUUGGGUGAAGCUGCGGGCCACCAAUGCCAGCGCCUUGCCCGACCGCCUGGCCUCAACAGGGAAGCCACGU